CCGCCCGCGGACUAAUACGAGCAGCAUUAGGUUGGUGAAAGGGCCUGUUCAGAGUCCAGUUACAAGACUGUGUGCGUGCAAACAACCAAUUCAGAGGAUACAACUGACCGUCUCAUUUCAGAGAGCGCAAGAUAUACACUGAGGACAACACAUGAGACCAUCAGAGCAGAGAGACAGACAGAGAGACAGACGGGCAGAGAGACAGACGGGCAGAGAGACAGUCUACCUGGACGUCAUGGAUCACCUGUUGAUGCUGUUGCUGUUGCUGUUGCUGUGGAGCUCAGGACUCCAGGCUGAAGGACUUCACACAUCAACAGAGUCUAUCAGGUUGGUGGGAAGAGACAGUCGCUGUGCAGGAACACUGGAGCUGAAACAUGAAAGAUCCUGGAAACCAGUAAAGGGCUCUGGCGUGACCCUGAAGGCAGCAUCUAUUGCCUGUAGAGCUCUGGACUGUGGCUCUGCUGUUUCUGUAGGAUGGAGAAAGGAGUCCUCAGAGAGAGCUGUGUGGUGGAUCAAGUCUGACUGUGUUCAUUCAGGAAAUGAUCUGAGGGAGUGUUUAACAACAGAUGACUCUACCUUCAUGCUGGAUGUCACCUGCUCAGACUCCAGACCUGUCAGGCUGGUGAAUGGGACUAGUCUGUGCUCAGGUAGACUGGAGGUGAAGUCCAACCACUCUAACCAGUCCAACCAGUCCAACCAGAGGUGGUCCUCAGUGUGUGAAGAUGACUUUGACCAGCAGGAUGCAGAGGUGGUCUGUAGGGAGCUUGGCUGUGGGGCUCCUUCAGUCCUCCAGGGGGCGCUCUAUGGAGAAGUGGAGGCUCCAAUGUGGACCAAAGAGUUCCAGUGUGGAGGCCAUGAGUCUGCUCUCCUGGACUGUAGAAGCUCAGGCUCAGAUAGAAACACCUGCUCACCUGGCAAAGCUGUUGGACUCACCUGCUCAGAACCUGUCAGGUUGGUGGGAGGAGCCAGUCGCUGUGCAGGAACACUGGAGGUGAAACGAGUAUUCUGGAAACCAAUAGAAUACUCUGACUGGAACCUGAAGAAAGCAUCUGUUGUCUGUAGAGAUCUGGACUGUGGCUCUGCUGUUGAUGUAAGACGGAGAGAGUCCUCAAACAGAUAUGUGUGGAGGAUCGACUAUAACUGUGAUAAGACUGUAUCUGAUAUGAGGGAAUGUUUAGUAUCAUAUUCCUCUUCCUCCAUCGUGUAUCUCACCUGCUCAGACUCUGUCAGGCUGGUGGAAGGGACUAGUCUGUGCUCAGGUAGACUGGAGGUGAAGUCCAACCAGAGGUGGUCCUCAGUGUGUGAAGAUGACUUUGACCAGCAGGAUGCAGAGGUGGUCUGUAGGGAGCUUGGCUGUGGGGCUCCUUCAGUCCUCCAGGGGGCGCUCUAUGGAGAAGUGGAGGCUCCAAUGUGGACCAAAGAGUUCCAGUGUGGAGGCCAUGAGUCUGCUCUCCUGGACUGUAGAAGCUCAGGCUCAGAUAGAAACACCUGCUCACCUGGCAAAGCUGUUGGACUCACCUGCUCAGAACCUGUCAGGUUGGUGGGAGGAGACAGUCGCUGUGCAGGAACACUGGAGCUGAAACAUGAAGGAGACUGGAGUCCAGUAUAUGGCUAUGGCUGGACCCUGAAGACAGCAUCUGUUGCCUGUAGAGAUCUGGACUGUGGCUCUGCUGUUGAUGUGGAAUGGAGAAAGUCCUUAGAGAGAUCUGUGUGGAGGAUCGACUAUAACUGUGUUCAGUCUGGAUCUACUCUGAAGGAGUGUUCAACAUCAUAUUCCUCUUCCUCCAUCGUGUAUCUCACCUGCUCAGACUCCAGACCUGUCAGGCUGGUGGAUGGGACUAGUCUGUGCUCAGGUAGACUGGAGGUGAAGUCCAACCACUCUAACCAGUCUAACCAGUCCAACCAGAGGUGGUCCUCAGUGUGUGAAGAUGACUUUGACCAGCAGGAUGCAGAGGUGGUCUGUAGGGAGCUUGGCUGUGGGGCUCCUUCAGUCCUCCAGGGGGCGCUCUAUGGAGAAGUGGAGGCUCCAAUGUGGACCAAAGAGUUCCAGUGUGGAGGCCAUGAGUCUGCUCUCCUGGACUGUAGAAGCUCAGGCUCAGAUAGAAACACCUGCUCACCUGGCAAAGCUGUUGGACUCACCUGCUCAGAACCUGUCAGGUUGGUGGGAGGAGCCAGUCGCUGUGCAGGAACACUGGAGCUGAAAUAUCAAGGAGACUGGAGACCAGUAUAUGGCCCUGGCUGGACCCUGAAGGCAGCAUCUGUUGCCUGUAGAGAUCUGGACUGUGGCUCUGCUGUUUCUGUAGAAGAGAGAAAGUCCCUAUGGGGAUCUGUGUGGUGGAUCAUCAUUAACUGUGUUCAUUCUGGAUCUGCUCUGAGGGAGUGUUUAAUAUCAUAUUCCUAUACCUUCAUCCUGGAUCUCACCUGCUCAGACUCUGUCAGGCUGGUGGAAGGGACUAGUGUGUGCUCAGGUAGACUGGAGGUGAAGUCCAACCACUCUAACCAGUCUAACCAGUCCAACCAGUCCAACCAGAGGUGGUCCUCAGUGUGUGAAGAUGACUUUGACCAGCAGGAUGCAGAGGUGGUCUGUAGGGAGCUUGGCUGUGGGGCUCCUUCAGUCCUCCAGGGGGCGCUCUAUGGAGAAGUGGAGGCUCCAAUGUGGACCAAAGAGUUCCAGUGUGGAGGCAAUGAGUCUGCUCUCCUGGACUGUAGAAGCUCAGGCUCAGAUAGAAACACCUGCUCACCUGGCAAAGCUGUUGGACUCACCUGCUCAGAACCUGUCAGGUUGGUGGGAGGAGCCAGUCGCUGUGCAGGAACACUGGAGCUGAAAUAUCUAGGAGACUGGAGACCAGUAGCAGCUAUCGGUACCGUGACCCUGAAGGCAGCAUCUGUUGCCUGUAAAGAUCUGGACUGUGGCUCUGCUGUUUCUGUAGGAAAUAAUGAGAAGUCCUCAUUGAGAUCUGUGUGGUUUAUGAAGCGUCGCUGUGUUCAUCCUGGAUCUGCUCUGAGGGAGUGUUUAAUAUCAACUUCCUACUCCUACAUCCUGGAUCUCACCUGCUCAGGCCAGAAGGGGGAGGAAGCCGGGCAGACGGGAGAACAUUGAGCUGGAUGAGUUUAACCUGGGUGUUCCUGCAGCUGAAGAAGAAGGAGCUCAGGGAGCAGAGUAGCUCCUCCAAGGAGCUCAUCUCACAUCCAGAUGGAUUUCUAACACACAGCCACCAUCAGCUCACUUUAUACCAUGUUCCCUUUAAACAAGAAGAGAGAUGAAAUGAAGAAGAUCACUUUGAUAAAUGUAUCUCUAUCAUCUCCUAUGUUCAAAGAAAACAAACCAGUUUAAUAAACUAUGAAACUCUGUGGAUGAGCUGAAUGUAACAGACAGUUUUCUGGUAACAAUCAGAUAAAGAUUGUAAGUCAUAACUCUGAUAUGUCUC